GGAUGAACCUUUCGCGCUUUUCGAUGCCGUUUUGAGAGCAGGCUAACGAGAUAGCAGGGAAAACCGUGGGGGAUACACAUGUGCAUGGAUAAGUAAUUUUUUAUUUCUUAGCGGGGCCAGGCUCGUUUGUAGAUGUGCCCCACCUAAACGUCCCGAGAGCGAGGGGCAAGCAGCGGUCUGUUCUGCGUCAGAGAAAAACUCGCACAUCUCCCUCAAUCCCUCUUGUCCUAGCAAUCAAUCACGUCCCACCGUUCAUCCAACCACUCCCUACACAGUUCACCAGCAUCAUUCACAAUGGCCAAGGAGAAGGUCUGUCUUGCGUAUUCCGGCGGACUCGACACGAGCUGUAUCCUUGCAUGGCUCCUCGAGAAGGGUUAUGAAGUCAUCUGCUUCAUGGCCGACGUUGGUCAGGAGGAGGACUUCGAGGCUGCCAAGGAGAAGGCCUUGAAGAUUGGUGCUUCCAAGGUCUACGUUGAGGAUCUCCGAAAGGAGUUCGUCGAGGCCCUUUGCUUCCCCGCCAUUCAGUGCAAUGCCAUCUACGAGAACGUCUACCUUUUGGGUACAUCGCUCGCCCGCCCCGUCAUUGCCCGCGGCCAGAUCGCCGUUGCCCAGAAGGAGGGAUGUGUCGCCGUCUCCCACGGCUGCACCGGAAAAGGUAACGACCAGGUCCGUUUCGAGCUUGCCUUCUACGCUCUCCAGCCCGACAUCAAGGUCAUCGCCCCCUGGCGCAUGCCCGAAUUCUACAACCGUUUCGCUGGCCGCAACGACCUCCUCGAGUACGCCGCUGCCCAGGGCGUCCCCGUCUACCAGACCAAGGCCAAGCCCUGGUCCAUGGACGAGAACCUCGCGCACUGCUCCUACGAGGCCGGAAUCCUCGAGGACCCCGACGUCGAGGCCCCCGCCGACAUGUGGAAGCUGACUGUCGACCCACUCGACGCCCCCGACAAGCCCGAGGACUUCACCAUCCACUUCGAGAAGGGACUCCCCGUCAAGCUCGAGUACGAGGGUGGAAAGACCGUCACCGAGCCUCUGGACCUGUUCCUGACUGCCAACGCCAUUGCCCGUCGCCACGGAGUUGGAAGAAUCGACAUCGUCGAGAACCGCUUCAUCGGACUCAAGUCCCGUGGCUGCUACGAGACCCCCGGACUCACCAUCCUCCGCUCCGCCCACAUCGACCUCGAGGGUCUCGUCCUCGACCGUGAGAUCCGUGCGCUUCGUGACCAGUUCGUCACCUACAACUACUCCAAGAUCCUCUACAACGGACUCUACUUCUCUCCCGAGCGCGAGUUCCUUGAGGAGUCGAUCAUCGCGUCGCAGAAGAGCGUCAACGGAAAGGUCAGGUGCAGGGUCUACAAGGGCAUGUUCAGCGUGCUGGGCCGCAGCAGUGAGACCGAGAAGCUCUAUGACAUGAGCGAGAGCUCCAUGGACGAGAUCGGAGCCUUCGCGCCCCAGGAUACCACCGGUUUCAUCUCCGUCCAGGCCAUCCGUCUGAAGAAGUACGGAAACAUGAAGCUGGAGCGUGGUGAGGCUUUGUAAGUUUGGAGGGUCGGACAUGUGGGAUAUCACUCGUAGUUACGACGGCAGUACAAAAAAAAGGUGCUGAUUCAGACUACUCGCUGGGUGCAUUCGUCCGUCUUUGAUCGAAAUGUUUGUCCCGGCUUCUCGCAGCUUGUCAACUUUCCCUUGUUUCUCCUACAGUCCGGCAGUGUUCUGUUCAUCGGAGCAUAAGUUGUCACUCUCUAGCAAUUUCCAACUUCAAUAUGCCGUCACCUAGUGCGAACCCAUGGCUUAUAGACUACCUGCCCCUCCUGUAGAGUAUCCCAACCACCUCCCUAAUAUCGAGUCAUCUUCCCCAGCCACAUACACACAUUGCAGUCUCUUCCACUGUCACGUGCGCGUGUCUUGGCUGCUCUAGUGACUAGUUGUCAACAUCAACAACCACUAGCA